AUGGAGGAUUGGAGAAGAAUUGACGUCGACCAGUACGACCCGGAUUUGCAGUACGAGCCAGACCCAAUUGACGUGCCUGCAUACUCUGCUCAGCAGUUGGACUCGCUGGUGACAGAGAUCCGCUCUAGCGUGUCCAGAGGCGACGCUCUGGGUGCCAUCAAGCUGUGUGUUGCACAGCCUCCGUACGGCUCCGACAGCGCUAUAAAGACGACAUACCUACAAGCGGUGCUGAACGCGUUUAUUUCCGUGAGACAGAGCGAAAUCCCCAACAUUGUGAAGAGCCUGGAUAUGGACGAAACAGACACCCUGGUCAAACUGCUGUACUCGCUCAUGAGCAUCAAAGAGGGCCAGAAGUCGGGCGGAGUGCUGCUUGGCUGGUUCGAUAAAGUGGUGGAGAUUGUUGGAGAACGUCCAAUCGUGAGCUAUGUAAACAGUUCGUUGACAUUGUAA